UCCCCCCCCCAUGCUGUGCAGUGGUAUCUACCGCGCUCUGCUGGGGCAAGAUGGCGGCGUCCUCCUUUUUGCAGCGUGUGGGGCGGCAGGUGCUGCUCCGGAGUAGGAAGCUGCCUUGCGCCUGGAGCGCCUUGCACACCACCACAGUCUGCGCCAAGAACCGAGCAGCGCGAGUUCGUGUGGGCAAGGGAGACAAGCCGGUGACAUAUGAGGAGGCGCACGCACCGCACUACAUCGCCCAUCGCAAGGGCUGGCUUUCCCUGCACACAGACAGAAUUUUGUUUUGCUGUUGGUCAUCUGUAACCUACUGGAAUAUAAAAUUGCUCAGAGGCAAUGAGGGUAACCUGGAUGGGGAGGACCAUGCUGCAGAGCGAACAGUGGAAGAUGUUUUCCUUCGUAAGUUCAUGCUGGGUACCUUCCCAGGGUGCCUGGCCAACCAGAUAGUCCUGAAGCGACGGGCCAAUCAAGUGGAGAUCUGUGCUCUGGUCCUGAGGCAGCUGCCAGCACACAAGUUCUACUUCCUCAUAGGCUACACUGAGACUCUGCUGUCUCACUUUUACAAAUGUCCUGUGCGACUCCACCUCCAAACUGUGUCCUCAAAGGUGGUAUAUAAGUACAUCUAGAAAAAUGUCCUUUCUUGCACCAGGCUGUAGCCUACAAAGGUCAGAAAUGUGUGGGAAAGGGAUGAAGUAGACAAGAGGAAAUACAUGUUCUCAAGAUGGAGCUGCUGUGUUUUGUCUCUUUGUCUUUACCCUUCUGAUGAGGGCUGGUAGGGAAGUUGCAAAAUUGUCUGAAGUUAGUUUAUGGCUACAGUUCAGUGAGGAUCUCAGGCAGUCACUCUACCAUUUAUGUACAUGAAGCUCUUAGUUUUCUCUCAAAAU